AUGGCACAACCAAGACGGAACACCAGUAUCUUUUUACGUACUGUUGAGUUUAUUACCACAGUUGUCAUUAUGGGGCUUAGUGGCAGUGUUUUGGCCAAAGUUGGACAUAAUAUCCCACGGGUUUCAUUCACUACUACUGUGGCAGCCAUUGAUGUUCUUUACUUAGGUUAUGUGAGCGUUUUUGUUCCAUUAGCAUUAAAUAAUGCAACGCCUUCAUUUAUCAUCUUGGGUGCACAAGGGGUAGUUUGGGCACUUUACCUUGCUUCUUGGGCUGCAAUCGCUGCCAAUUUUCCUUCAAGCUGCAGCACCAACUCCUGGGAGAACAGCUCAACAGCAACCUGCCGUGCUUAUCAAGCCUUGCUCCCAUUCUCGUUAUUCAAUUGGCUCUUGUACGGUGUUGAAGGUGCGUUGUUCCUUGGUUAUAGUUAUGUUAAUGAAGUCACCAACUACGGUUUGAGACACACUUUUAGGCCCACCCCUUUCUACUGGGGGUCCAUAUUUGCCAUCGAUCUUGGUCUUGUUCGCCAAUGCUGUGGAAUAUUGCUCAGCCGUGCUAGUCGCACAGACAGAGAAAGAAAACAACACGUUGAUUUUGAGGAGGGUGUUGGCCAUAGAGAUGGUGAGAUUGUUCCUGCUUCUGAGAAUCAUUUAACUGAGGAAGAGACAAAGGCUAUCAAUGAGGAGAGACAACCAGUGGUACAUGCAGCUGCACAUGACUUUGAACAUAGUCGUAGUCCAGCUCUAGGUCCAGCUCCAAGUUCAGUGCAUGGUAAUAGAGCUGGAGAGUCAGGUGCUGUUGGCCGAGUUUAA